AUGCGUGUUCAGAUUUUCCUCCUCUUGCUGCUGAAAAUAUUAGCAGCGAAUAAGAACGAGAAAUGCAUAGGAGAAAAUGUACAUGAUGACUAUCAUCAUGACAAGUUGGAAAAAAAUAGUCCUCUAUUGGACAAUGAGAAUACGUCCUUACAAAAUGACAAAAAUUAUAAAUACCUUGUUGAAACAUCAAGAAGAAAUAAUAGGGUGGUGUGUGUAAAAAAAGAAUACAAUGAUUUGAUACAGUAUGUUCAUGAUAAUGAUUGUGACCCACAUAACACAUUUAGCUUCUCCUUCAAUUCUACAUUUAAAUUUGAUGAGAAAUUUUAUUUUCGUUAUAAAAAAAACAAAGAAUCUUUUGUAGAAAAGAAAAUCAGUCCCUAUAUGGCAGUUGGGUCUUGUAUAAAUUGCUUGUUCUUGGAUGAAAUGAACUUUUUAAGUAUAUAUGGAUAUACUUUCAUAUAUGACAAGUCUGAUGAGACAGAGCAAAAACAAUACUAUGAACAAAUCAUUGACAUGCAUUACACACAGGAAGGAAAAGGAGAUAAUCCCGAUGUAGAUAUCACGAGAGAGGAUGUUCAACACUAUUCCACAAUCAGCUAUAGUUAUCUCUAUGAAAAAGGUGCAAAUGGGAAUGGUAACUCACACACAAAGGAAUCAAAUUAUGGAAAUAAAAACAAUAUGUUGGAAUUCGCAAGGGACAUGCAAGAAAAAAAUAGAGAUUCUUUCUUUUUCGACAUUCAAGAAAAUUUAAUACUAGAAAAUUUUCUACGUGAUAAUAGGAUACAUUAUGCAUAUGACGAAAUAGAGGGAAAUGAAGGUGGAGCUGAGACAAGGGAAAAAAGUAGACAACCAAAUGAGUCUCAUACUUUGACAAUCAGUGACGAUUCUUUGGAUGAAAAAAUGGUUGACAAUUUUUUUACAAAUCUGAAAAUGGACACAAGUGGAGAAAACGACGAGUGUAUAAAAUCUGGUGAUUGCAAAGAUUCUGGUGAUUGCAAAGAUUCUGGUGAUUACAAAGAUUCUGGUGAGUGCAAAGAAUCUGGUGAGUGUAAAAAAUCUGAUGCGCACAGCGAAGGUGACAAGCGUGAGAAGAGCGAACCAGAAAGAGGGAAUAAAAAAGUUGUGCAGGUAGAGAAUUUAUCAAAUAUAAGAUUUGAUGAAAAAAAAUGCAAUAUAGUCCGAAAAGACAUAAAUAAAAAAAAAAUAUGGAGUGACAUUAUAUUUGUUAACUCAUUUACAAAUUUGAACAUUUUGUCUCAUAUUGAUAAAUAUGAAGGAAAUUAUCAUGAAUUAAAAUACUUUUCAUUUCAUGAAAAGUAUAAAAAAAGAAAAUUAAAUGAUUUGAUAAGAACAACACUAGAUUUAAAUAAUAAAAAAUAUUUGCAAGAUAAUAAUGUUUUUAUUUUAAUUGCAAAUGAUGAAAUAAAAUUUUUGGAUGAAAUCAUAUUUUGUAGAAACAUUUAUAAAAACAACUCUUUGUCCAUUCCUUACAUUAAGGAUAAAAUUGUCAGAGAAAAAUAUGAACAAAUAAAACACAUAUAUAUGUCGUCUGACAAUGGAGAUGAUAACCAGGUUUUUCUCAUUAAAGUAUUGUACUAUGAUGAUGAAAUAAGUUUAAUUUUACUUGAUCAUAUAAGGGGACUUGGGGACCCCAUGAAACUGUCUAUUCCGUUUUUUUUUCUUGUUUCUCAUGAUUACCUUUCUCAGUACACUCAUUUUUUCAUGAAAGACAAUUUGAUUGGCUGGAUCAGGGAGGGAAAAAUGCUUUUCGUCACGGCCAUGAGAAGGAUCUUUUCCUACCUUCAGGAGAGCGUGAUGCACUCGAAAAAGACUUACGACGUUCUUACGGUCGAAAAUAAAAUAACUUCAAACAUAUAUCUGUUGUACCUUAGCCACAAGAUUUUUAAGUAUGUACUGUUUGGGAGAUAUAACCCCAUGAAGGAUUAUUCACUGCAUAAAAGCAUACCAUUCGAGGCAGUACUUCUGAAUCUGAUAAGCACAUUUACACACGAAGAGUUAACAUGUUAUAAAAAAUAUUUCACAAAGAUAACAAAAAAAGAAGUAAAUAAUUUAAAUGAUCCUAAAAAAAUUAGUCGCAUGGAUGUAUUUGACAUUUUUGUCAUUCCAUCAGUUAAUUAUAUCCAAUUUCAGAAGGUCUUAUCAAAACUGUUUAAGGCUCUAUUUGAUUGUGGGGGAAAACAUAUUUCUAAAUUAUUAAAAAUUGUCACAAUGAGAUCACAUUACGACAUGCUUUACAACUUCAAUUGCUACAACUAUCAGUUGCAUAGCUUCUUGAUAAAUCUACUAGAUUUGCACGAAUAUUUUUAUGAGUAUACGGAUCUCAACUCCUUGUUCAAGGAUAGUCAGAAGAUAUUGCUUCAUUUGGUGAAGCUGACUCUGGAUGAAAUGUACAAUCUGAUUCCAUUCAAUGAAAACAAACAGCUUGUCAAGUACCUCAUUGUUAUCCUUUACUUUGGAAACGACAUAUUCUGCUUAGACAAAGAAAAUUCCAUAUAUAUACAAUUGAUUUACGAAUUAAGACAUCUGAACAUACAUCAUGCCAUACUAGUGGCAUACCUUUCUGGAGAAAAACCAGGAACUCUAUGUUCCAUCGAAAGUAAUUUUCUAGCUGAUUCGUAUGAAAAUGAAAGGAGGAAUGUUAACUCUAACGCAUACCUUAAUUCACAUUCAGAUGAAGAUGUAAACUCCAUGUAUAAGUACAUCACAUAUGAAGACGAUAAUACAUAUCUAAAACAUUCAUAUACACAUAAAUGGAACGUGGUAGAUCUGACAACAGCAUUCUUAAACAGAUUCGAUAACAAAUAUUUUGGAGAUUUUCACAUGAUCAUAAAAUCAGAGAAACAUUAUGCCCUUGGAAUAUUUUUAGUCUCUUUCAUGGCAUCAGUUAUAUUUAUCGUGGGGGAAUUGAACAAAAAAUAUAAGAGGAUAUACAUCUAUAGAAUAUUUAAAAAUGUGUAUGUAAAGAAUUAUACACACAAUAUCACUAAAUAUUACACUUUUUGGAAUGCCAACGUGUAUGCAUUUGCCCAAUAUGAGCCUGAGUGUGUUCUUCUCUUCAACAAGUAUAAGUUGUACGAGAAGUAUAACUUAAGGGAUACCUUACAGGGAGAGCCACAAAAAAGGGCAACCAUACAAUCGGAAGGAGCACUACAUCCAGGAGGAGCUGUCCAACUAGAUGCAGAGCACGAAGCGAAAUUUCCUUCUAAUGGGAAAAAGCUGAAAAAUAGCGAGGAACUAAUAAGAGAAUUUUCCAGCCAAGAGAAUAGCUGUCUGUGCUAUGAAAACAUGAUCAACAAAUCGAAAGGAGAAUUUGUGGUAAGCGAAUACUUACAACUGAGACAUAUAUUUAUGAAGAAAAUAAAAAAAAAGGAAGGGAAAAAAGAAUUAUACGAGAAAAUGGUAAAUUACAAUUUUUUUAAUGAUCCAUUGGAAAUAUCAUAUAAAACUAAGAAAUUUGAAAAAGAGAAAUUAAUAGACAUAUGUAAAGACAUGAAAUUUGAGAAGAAUCAUUUAUGCAUGUUUCACAAGUCCAGAAUAAUAUUAACGUAUUUAUAUUUAUUAACAACAUGGCCAGAAUAUACAUUUUAUGUAAUCAGCCCAUUAGUAUUUAUAAAGCCAAAAAAAUACUGCAACCAGUAUGACAUCCCACUAGUGCUAAAUAAUAUAUUAAAAAAUAGAAACUUUUUUAAAAAAAGUUCCAAAAUUUGUAUUAAUUAUGCAUUUGCUCAUUUCAUAACAUCAGGAAAUAAAACAAAGAAUUUUAUUGUUACAGCUAAGAUAAGUGGAACAAUGGUAAAUGUCAGUAGAAAUAAUUUACUUCUAUUACUACCAUUAAGCAAAAGAGUAGAUAUACUAGAUCAUUCAAAGAAUAAUGAAUAUGAUAUUAAGGAAGAAAUUUUGAAUGAAUAUUUCAUCUUAGGUAAUCCAUAUAUCCCAAUUCAUAUCAUUUCUUACAAUUUCAAUGAUUAUGAUAAGAUAAAAAAAAAUGAGCAUAGUACAAUAGCAGGUGCUUUUAUAAAACGACAUGAUAGUAAUUUUCUUAUUUAUAACAAAGUGACCAAAAAAAUUGAUAAAAAUAAUAAUAUCGGUUGUUCAGAAAAUCAUGCAUUCGAAUUUAAUGGUAAGAAUCUCUGCUUUUGUGACAUAUUAAGAAAUAAUCACAGCGGACAAAACAAUAAUUGUGUUUAUCCAUUCUGUGAACAGGGCAAACGAUUCUGCUACUUAAACGAAAUAUGCGUUAAUGGGAAAUGUGUCUGUAUUGAUGGAUAUUCAAGAAAUCCUAUGAGUUCUUUAUGUGAAAAAAAUAACGAAUGUAUUUUAUUUGGAGGAUCAUCUAAUUGUAAAGAACCUGGAAAAUGUGUCUUAGCCAAAAAUAGAUACGUAUGUUUAUGUCCCUAUCCCUAUGUUAGAGUUUUGAACAAUUGCUUACACCCUCUGAAAGGCAUAAAAAUAGGAUUACGCAUUUUUAACAACUUUGAAUAUGAUUUUUAUAAUGAUGAAGAUGAUGCUUCCAAAAAGGAAAAAUUCUACACCGACGUUUUUGGGUCUAUGUCUGAGUACAUCAAGGAAGUUGUCAAAAGUAUCGUAGACCCCCGUUUGACCUCGCGCAUAUACGUGAAACCAAUACAAAAACUGAAAAACGGAAUCAAGGCAACCAUAAUAAUUAGCCAAAGGAAUGAACCCGAUGAACCAACACCCAACGAAAUGUUUAACAUUUUUUUAAACCAGUUAGGAGAUUCUACAUCUAUCCUAAAUAAUGGAUUUUAUUCCUACUUUGCUCGAUUCACAUACAUAGAAUACGUGAAAUCUUUUUCAAAAGACGAGGGGUUCUCCACAUUUUACGAACAAUUCUUUAAAUAUCUGCCAAAUUUUUUCGUACAAUUUUUUGAAGUAGAUGUUUUUAAUGACACAUCUAUAAUUGCAUGCAUCAAUUUUUUAAUUCUAAUUAUUGUCACUAUUAUGUUACUCUUUUACUUUUCCUAUUUGUUGAUCAAAACUAAAUUUUCUCGAGAUCUCCCCACGAAGGACUUUUAG